AGCGUGCAAGAUGGCGGCGGGCCCGGGCACCGCCUCUUCCGCCCCGCCGGGCGUCCCACGAGGCCGGCUCGAAGGGGAAGUGAGUCAGUGUCCGCGGACCCGGCCGGCCCAGGCCCGCGCCUGCCGCGGCCCUGAGAGGCCCCGACAGGCCCCGGCCCGGCGGCGGCGGCGGCCAUGGCCGGGGGGCCGGGCCCGGGAGAGCCCGCAGCCCCCGGCGCCCAGCACUUCUUGUACGAGGUGCCGCCCUGGGUCAUGUGCCGCUUCUACAAAGUGAUGGACGCCCUGGAGCCCGCCGACUGGUGCCAGUUCGCCGCCCUGAUCGUGCGCGACCAGACCGAGCUGCGGCUGUGCGAGCGCUCCGGGCAGCGCACGGCCAGCGUCCUGUGGCCCUGGAUCAACCGCAACGCCCGUGUGGCCGACCUCGUGCACAUCCUCACGCACCUGCAGCUGCUCCGCGCGCGGGACAUCAUCACAGCCUGGCACCCUCCCGCCCCGCUUCCAUCCCCAAGCACCACUGCCCCGAGGCCCAGCUGCAUCCCUGCACCCGCCGAGACAGAGGCCUGUAGUCCCCGGAAGUUGCCGUCCUCAGCCUCCACCCUCCUCUCCCCAGCUUUUCCAGGUUCCCAAACCCAUUCAGGGCCUGAACUCGGCCUGGUCCCCAGCCCUGCUUCCCUGCGGUCUCCACUGCCAUCUCCAGCCCCUUCCUCUACCAAGCCAGAGAGCUCAGAGAGCUCAGUGUCCCUCCUGCAGGGAGCCCACCCCUCUCCAUUCUGCUGGCCUCUCUGUGAGAUAUCCCAGGGCACCCACGACUUCUCAGAGGAGCUCAAGAUCGGGGAGGGUGGCUUUGGGUGCGUGUACCGGGCGGUGAUGAGGAACACAGUGUAUGCUGUGAAGAGGCUGAAGGAGGAUGCAGGCCUGGAGUGGAGUGCGGUGAAGCAGAGCUUCCUGACUGAGGUGGAGCAGCUGUCCAGGUUUCGUCACCCGAACAUUGUGGACUUUGCCGGCUACUGUGCUCAGAAUGGCUUCUACUGCCUGGUGUAUGGCUUCCUGCCCAACGGCUCCCUGGAGGACCGUCUCCACUGCCAGACCCAGGCCUGCCCACCUCUCUCCUGGCCUCAGCGACUGGACAUCCUUCUGGGUACAGCACGGGCAAUUCAGUUUCUACAUCAGGACAGCCCCAGCCUCAUCCAUGGAGACAUCAAGAGUUCCAACGUCCUUCUGGAUGAGAGGCUGACACCCAAGCUGGGAGACUUUGGCCUGGCCCGGUUCAGCCGCUUUGCGGGGGCCAGCCCCAGCCAGAGCAGCACGGUGGCCCGGACGCGGACGGUGCAGGGCACCCUGGCCUACCUACCUGAGGAGUACAUCAAGACAGGAAGGCUGUCUGUGGACACGGACACCUUCAGCUUCGGGGUGGUAGUCCUAGAGACCCUGGCUGGCCAGAGAGCUGUGAAGAUGCACGGGGCCAGGACCAAGUAUCUGAAAGAUCUUGUGGAAGAGGAGGCUGAGGAAGCUGGAGUGGCCCUGAGAAGCACCCAGACCGCACUGCAAGCAGCUCUGGCUGCGGACGCUUGGGCCACGCCCAUCGCCAUCCAGAUCUACAAGAAGCACCUGGACCCCAGGCCCGGGCCCUGCCCACCUGAGCUGGGCCUGGGUCUGGGCCGGCUGGCCUGCUGCUGCCUGCACCGCCGGGCCAAGAGGAGGCCUCCUAUGACCCAGGUGUACGAGAGGCUGGAGAAGCUGCAGGCAGCGGUGGCAGGGCUGCCCAGGCAACCAGAGGCCGACAGCUGCGUCCCCCCUUCCCCGCAGGAGAACUCCUACGUGUCCAGCACUGGCAGUGCCCACAGUGGGGCUGCCCCAUUGCAGCCCCUGGCAGCACCAUCAGGAGCCAGCGCCCAGGCGGCAGAGCAGUUCCAGAGAGGCCCCAACCAGCCCGUGGAGAGCGACGAGAGCCUGUGUGGCCUCUCUGCCGCCCUGCGCUCCUGGCACUUGACUCCGAGCUGCCCUCUGGGCCCGGCACCCCUCAGGGAGGCCGGCUGUCCUCAGGGGGACACAGCAGGAGAAUUGAGCUGGAGGAGUGGCCCAGGGUUCCGAACUGCAGCUACAGAAGGACUGGCCCUGGGCAGCUCUGCAUCGUCAUCGGAGCCACCGCAGAUUGUCAUCAACCCUGCCCGACAGAAGAUGGUCCAGAAGCUGGCCCUGUACGAGGAUGGGGCCCUAGACAGCCUGCAGCUGCUGUCGUCCAGCUUUUUCCCAGGCUUGGGCCUGGAACAGGACAGGCAGGGGCCUGAAGAAAGUGAUGAAUUUCAGAGCUGAACUAUUCACCGGAAGUCAAAGUUCUCAUGGUCAGAAGUUCUCAUGGUGCGCAAGUCCUCAGCACUCUGCAGGCAGUGGGGGCGGGGGCCCUGCUCUUCUAGGGUCAGUGGGCACAGGCAGGCAGAGUGUAACCCUGCUUCUACACCAGCAUCUCGGGGCAAGGAAGGCUGACAUCAUCCCGUGGAGAGUGGUGCAUGCUGGGGAGGCUGCUGGCUGCACAGACCCACAAGGGGAGGAGAAGGGCUGCUGCACAGCGGUGUGCAGCAGGGAGCUGGCUCCCACAGGGCAUCUGCAGCCCAGACCUCCGGCAGCAGCCCUUUGCCCAUCUCUUUGGACUUCGCUGAAAGCCUGUGGCAGUGGCCACCCUGCACAGCAGAGCUGAUGAGGCCUAGGGCCCUCCUACUGCUUACAAUUUGGAAAAGUGCGGCCGGGUGCAGCGGCUCACGCCUGUAAUCCUAGCACUUUGGGAGGCCAAGGCAGGAGGAUCACUUGGGCCCAAGAGGUCAAGACCAGCCAGGCCAACAUGAUGAGACCCUGUCGCAACAAAAAAACUUUUUAAACAAUUAGCCUGGCAUGAUAGCGCAUGCCUGUGGUCCCGGUUACUGGGGAGGCUAAAGUGGGAGAAUCAUUUAUGCUUGGAAGGUAGAGGCUGCAGCGAGUCAUGAUUGCAUCACUGCACUCCAGCCUGGGUGAAAGAGCAAGACCCUGUUUCAAAAAGAAAAACACUGGCUCAGUCCCAGGGAGAAGUGAGAAUUCUGAGAUCCUCCAGAGAGCCGAGCAGCACCCACCCCUACUUCAGGCCAGUGGCUUCAGGCUCUAUCGGGGACCUGUGAGCUGGCUUAAUGUGAGCAGCACAGUUGAGCUCGAAGCCAGGUCAGGCUUCCGAGGCCACAAGCUCAGCCUCAGGCCCAGGCACUACCCAAAGGCCCAAGACCUACUUACCCAGAGAGUGAGAAGCCCAAGAAGGCAGAAAGUUGGGAGCAUGGCAGAGAGGGAAGGGAAAGAUUUCAGGGAAAAAAAAUGUGUCACAUGUCUUCAGAAGCAAGUUAGGUUUCAUGUCACCGAGUGUCCUCUUGCACGUCCAAAAGUAGCCCAGGGCUGUAGCACAGGCUUAACAGUGAUUGUGUGUUCAGCCAUGAGUCACACUACGUGCCCCCGUGAAGCUGUCCUUGACUAAUAAAAACGUAUGUUGCAA